AUGGUGAUCGGAAGCCUUUGUUUCCUGGGUGAAGUGUCCGGCUCGGUGCUGCUCGUUCCCGGGCGCCUCCCGAGCAGCGGCGAGCCGUACACUUCACCCAAGGGGCUGAAGCCGAGAAUCAUGGGAGUCGCAGUACGCCUGGCACUGAUGGCCUGGGCUUUGCUGGGCUGGUCUCAGGCAGCUGAGAGCGCACCCUCUCUAAGCGUGGCGGUGAUCCUGGGAGAGACUCGCGGUGUCCCUGAACGGGCAUUGCGUCCAGCACCAGGCAUCGGCGCACCACUGGACAUCAGCGUGCUCGCCGUGCAAGUGAACCACACAGACCCCGGCAGCAUGCUCACCCACCUGUGCCAGCUCAUGGCACGCCAGCGAUUGCAUGGCCUUGUGUACGGCGACGGAACCGACCAGGAAGCUAUCGCCCAGAUGCUGGACUUUGUCUCUUCCCAGACUGCCAUGCCCAUCCUGGGCGUCCACGGAGGUGCAGCCAUGACCAUGGCUGAGAAGGACGACAGCUCCUCUUUUUUCCAGUUCAGCGCAUCGCUCCAUCAGGAAGCCCUGCUCAUGCUGGCUGUCAUGGAGGAGUACGACUGGCACGUGUUCUCCGUGGUGACGACCAGGUUCCCCGGCCACCAGGAGUUCGUGGCGACCAUCCGCGUGACCGUGGAGCACAGUUUCGUGCGCUGGGACCUGCAGAGCGUGGUGACGCUAGACGGCGUGGGCGAGCCCGAAGACCGAGCGCACGUGCAGCUCAAGCGCAUCCAGUCGCCCGUCAUUCUGCUCUACUGCUCCAAGGACGAGGCCGAGCUGGUGCUGGCCGAGGCCCGGUCGCUCGGGUUGGUCGGCGCCGGCUUCGUGUGGAUCGUUCCGAGUCUCACGUCCGGCAGCCCCGAGCGUACGGCGGAAACCUUUCCGCCGGGGACCAUUUCCAUAGCGUACGACGAGUGGGACUAUCCGCUGGAGACGCGUGUGAGGGACGCGGUGGGGAUUUUCAGUCACGCCGCCGCCGCCAUGUUUCGAGAGCAAGGACGCAUACCGGACGGGACGGUUAGCUGCUCGGGUCAAGCGGAGAAGCCAGAGGUUCCUCCCAGCGCGUUACGCAGACAGCCCAGGGUUCAUCCCAUGCAGUGUUGUGACAGGAGAUCACCGGGAUAUUACAGCCGCAGCCGGAGAAACCGAACACAAAAUAUGGCGCACGUCCUCUCAGAAGGAUCUCAGAAGGAUUUCGUCUUUUUUUCGCCCAUUUACAUUAAAGCGCUGCCGGAUAUACCGUACAGAGGAAAGGAGGAAAAAAAAAAACGCGACAUGGAGUGCAAAGCUAUCAAGAUUCAGGAGUUGCCAUGGGUUCCCAUCACUCACUCUGUGUCUCAGCGCUGGAAAGUGUGUGCUGAGUAG